UAAAAAGGCAACAACACAAUGAAGUUGGCCGUGGUCUCAGCUGUCAUCUUAGUCGUGGUUUUCGUGGCCUGGCCAGUAUCAGCCGGUGGAUACGGACACAAAGAGGAGGAGGAUGAUGACACGAAGUCAUGGUUUCCUCUGGACAAUCUAUUAUCGUUGAAUUAUUAUGAUAAGAGUUGCCCAAACUUUGAGAAAAUCGUUGAUACCAAAGUCAGGGAAUGGACAAAGACUGAUCCUUCCCUUGGUCCUGCCCUCCUCCGCCUUCUCUUCCACGAUUGCGGCGUCACGGGAUGUGAUGCGUCGGUUCUUCUAGACCACGAAGGAUCAGAGAGAAGAUCUCCGGCGAGCAAAACCUUAAGAGGCUUCGAGCUAAUCGACGAUAUCAAGUCCGAGAUGGAGAAAGCCUGCCCCAAAUUAGUCUCAUGCGCCGACAUCCUAGCGGCAGCUAGCCGCUCCGCCACCUACCAACUCGGUGGUCCUUACUGGCCUAACGCCUACGGACGUCGUGACUCUAAAAAUUCAUACGCUAGAGACGCCGAGAAAGUCCCUUCAGGCCGCCGUGACAUCACUGGUCUUCUCGAGACGUUUCAGUCUUACGGUCUCAACGUCCUCGACCUUGUCGUCCUUUCCGGGGCCCACACCAUCGGGAAAGCUUACUGUGGAACCAUCCAGUCAAGGCUUUACAACUUCAACGCAACCCAUGGAACUGAUCCGUCCAUCGAUCCCAAAUUCGCAGAUUACUUGAGGCGCAAGUGUCGAUGGGCCUCAGAGACGGUUUACCUAGACGUGGAGACUCCAGUGGUAUUCGAUAAUCAGUACUACAUCAAUCUUCAGAAGAAUAUGGGAGUCUUGACCACCGAUCAGGAGCUUGUGAAGGACCCGAGGACCGCUCCGCUGGUAAAGGCCUUCGCGGAGCAGCCGGCUCAGAUGUUCAGACAUCAGUUUGCUGUGUCGAUGGCUAAGCUGGUUAAUGUUGGUGUCAUUACUGCUGAAGAUCGUACUGGAGAGAUCAGGAGGGUUUGCAGCAAAUCUAAUUCCAGACCUUACUGA